AUGGAUGAAGACCCACGAGCUUUUUAUAUUGCACCAAUCCUAACCGAACCCAAAGACAAACCCAAACCCGAAGAAAAACCCAAACCCAAACUUAAACCCAAACCUAAACCCAACCCAAAUUCAAUCCGAAACAUAACUCAAACCCAAACCCUCAAACCCAAACCCAAACCACACUUCAACACAAAUCCAAACCUAAACACAAACCCAAACCAGAACCCAUCCCAAAUUCAAUCCCAAACUCAAGUGAAAACCAAACAAAAACCAAAGCCUAACCCAAACUCUCUGAUUCCAACUAAACCCGAAGUGAACUUAAUCCAAACCCAAACUAAACCCGAACUGUCAAUUAAAAAUGACCCUUACCCCAGAUCCACUAUUUUGCUCGAACCAAAGUCAGAACCAAACCCAAAUCCAAAUCCAAACCGGAAUGAAAACCCAAACCCAAGCACAACCUUAACCCAAACCCUGUAA